CGUUGGCUAUCUAUCAUCUCAUAUCCAACGCGCGCUUGUGGAAUAAUUUUUAAAUAUACAUACCUACAUAUAUGUAUGUUAUAUGCAUGAAAGUGUGUUGAAUCAUUAUGGCUCUUGUAUAUUGAAUAGGUAAAGUAUUUAUUGCACCUUCAACACUUGCUUGUAGAUUAGCCAAACUAUGUGACAUGCGUUAUGUGACGUGUACUGUCUUUUAAUUAGUUAAAAAAUGCAUGUAUAAGUUUUCCGUACAAGAAGAUAAUUUUUGAAACAUGCAGUUUCUAAAAAAUAAACGUAAACUUCGUUAAGCAUUGGUAAGAGUCUAUAACCCAAAAUGAGUGUCCUAUUUAUACAACCAUUAUUGAAAUAGUUUUUGAAAAACAUGAUAACCAUGCCGUUGUAAUUGCUGUGAUUUGUUUGCAAUCCUAGUGAGGAAUCCUGCAUUGACUGAAAUUUAUGAUGAAAUUCAAAUGGAAAGACUAACAGAGGGCCUCUCAAACUCGAGUGAACAAGACAAUCAAUCAACCUACCAAGAACUUGUUAAAAUUAGGGAUAAGUCUGAUUACUUACUUCCAUUGGAAGAAAGAGGACCUGCAGACUUUAAAUCAACAUACCAAGGACUCGUUGACAUUAGCGAUCAGUCCGGUUACUUACUUCCGGUAGAAGAAACAAGACCUGCAGACUGUCAAUCACAUGCAGCUGUUUACAGUGAACCCUCAAGUCCAAAACUCCUAACAGAUCAGUCUGGUUAUUUAAUUCCAGUGGAAGAAACACGACCGGCAAACUGUCAGUCAGACAAUCAGACAAUUGGUAAAUCAGCCAUUUACAGCGAAGCCCAAAGUCCACAACCACCUCGGGAUAAACAAAGGAAUGAAGACUAUCAGUACGAUUAUGCUGAACCAGAUGGAAUCAUUGUGUUAGCUACCAUUCGCACCAGUUUAGAAAAUCUUGACUCCCUAAGAGAUCCUGAUUCGCAGCCUGAAGAAGAAAGCUAUGUUGAAACUAGAGAAGCUGAUAUUCCUUCGUCACCAAUAUCCACAACUGUUGAAAGACCAAAUUUUCCCAGAUCAUCAGAGGUAUCUUCAAAGGGCCCCUCGCAAGAUAAUAACUGUAAUGAUUCAUUGCAAGCAGAUGGUUAUAUCGAGGUUCUCCCACAAUGUGAUGAUUCUUUGCAAGCAGAGUAUUAUAUCGACGUUCUCCCAGAUUCAGAGAGUGGAACGUAAAAUUAGAGAGAGAUGCUGAUGUCCUUUCGUCACCAUUAUCUACAACUCCAAGGACCCAGUUCACUUAGACUACCAGGGGCUUCUUCAGAAGCGCCCUCACAAGACAAGGAGCAAAUGAAUCAUAGAAAACGGAUGAUCAUAUUAAAGUUUUCCGAGAUUCAGAGAUUGAAACAUAGAUGUAGACUUUUUUACAUCUACCGAGUGGAAAUUCUCAGUAGAGGUCAAUUGAUCGAACGGUCUCUAAGAAAGAGGGCUCCCAAUGGAAAUCGGGCUGUAUUUUGUUUUCUGGUGGAGGCAGUGUGCUCGGAUGGUUGGGGCACUGGAGUUGUAAUCUGGUGGUUCCGGAUCUUUUCAUGGUUGCCCCGAGUUCAACACACUGGCUGCACUUUGUAUAUAGCCAAGUGGAAUGUCUCCCGCCAGUUGGGUCUUUUAAAGACACUUUGUUUAUGCUUCUCUUCCCUAAAUUGAGGAUAUUGUCAAGCAUGUACAUAAUUUUCAAACUUAAAAAAAAGGAAAGAAAGGGGUUGAGUCAGUACGUCUCGGUAAAAUAUUUUGAAAUUUCUUGUCUUGAAUAUCUUGAAUAUUUUGAAUUAGUAUAAUUGCUAAGGUGAUCAUCAGUAGAGAUUCGCGCACUCUGAUUGGUCAAGGGUUGCGUCAUAUCUUGCCGUAAUCUUAUCGUUCGAGGUGAUUAUAGCAGGAGCGCUAACCCUCAAAUUGGCUGCGUCGCGUUUUGUUUAUGUUCCCGAGGAAGUAAUAAUCACGACAGAAGAAAAUUCAAUGACAAUGACCACAAAAGAUGCCACUGAGUUUGCGGAACACUUUUCAAACUGAAAGAUGUGAGGUUUGUGCUGACUGAUUUAAAUAAACCUGUUAAAACUGCUCUCUCAUCUUGAUACAAGUAAGCAAAAAGGCACCAGAAUUGGAAAAAAAUAUUUCGAAUGCCCUCUUUAUUUACAGAAUUUAUAGGGUAUUCGAACACUUGUACAAUUAUACUAAGACAACUAUUCGCCUCAAUAAUUUCCUCAACCCCGUAUGGGAGAUUAUUUAACAAUUAUUCCACGAGCGCGCGUCGGAUAUGAGAUGUA